CCUACUAUUACUUCAAUGUUGCCUGGGUCUGCAUCAAAGUCAUUCACAGAUAAAAUUAAGUCUGGAGAAAUAAAGAUGGCAUGUUUUCUAGCAGAGCACAAUCUACCAUUUAGUUUAGCAGAUGAUCUAAAGGAUCUUAUACAAUCAGUUGCCCAAGAUUCAAAGCUUGCAUCAGAAUUAACUUUUGGAAGAACAAAGGCACAUGCUAUUGUUACAAAUGUUACCGGUAAAGUAGCAGAAAACCAAUUGAUUGAAAUAUUACAAAAAAAUAAGUUUUCACUGAUAGUAGAUGAGAGCACAGACAGAUCAUCAACUAAACAUUUGGCACUUAUUGUAAGAACUGCUGUUGAUUUUCAAGUUGAAGAUAGUUUUCUAUGUCUAAUACCAGUUGUUGAUGGUACGGCUACAGCCUUACAUAAUGCUUGUACAGAAUAUUUUGAAGAGAAGAAUAUUCCAUAUAAGGAAAAUAUGAUUGGAUUUGCAGCUGACGGAACUAAUUCUAUGUUUGGACAACAUCAUUCUCUGUCUAAAUUGUUUGCAAAAGAUAUUCCGAAUCUGGUUCUAAUAAAAUGUAUAUGCCACUCUUUUCACCUAUGUGCCUCGUAUGCUUGCAAAAAAUUACCACGAGGUGUGGAAGACUUUGCUCGAGAUGUUUACAACUAUAUACAGAAUAGUCCAAAACGUAUUGGAGACUACAAAGAGUUUCAAUGUUUUGUAAAUGUCAAACCAUAUAAACUAUUACACCCUGCUCAAACAAGGUGGCUGUCCUUGUUACAAGUUGUGAAAAGGCUUCUAGAACAACUACCAGCAUUGAAACUAUAUUUUCAAAGUGCGGUGUUAGCUGACAGAUUACUUGCAGCUCAAUCAAUCCUUGACAAAUGUCUGGAACCAACCACAGAAUUAUAUUUAGAGUUUUUAAGUUUUGUAUUGCCAUACUUCAAUGAUUUGAACAAAGAAAUGCAAUCUGAAAGCCCAAAACUCUACUUGCUAUAUGAAAAAAUUUUUAUAACCUACAAGACUAUAUUGGAAUGUUUUUUGAAGCCAGAAUAUUUGGAAUUAACUGAACAGGAGAAAACAAACAUUCAAGUCCAUGACAAAGUUGCAGCAUUGGAAUUAUUGGAAUUAAAAAUAUUGCAAAUUGAUUUUGAAAAAACUGAAAACCAUUUACCCCUGGAAGACAUUUACUUAGGAGGCAAUGUUGCUGCUUUAAUAAUAAAGAACAAAAAUAGUAUUCAUCCAGAUCAACUAAGACAGUUAAGACAAAAAUGUCUUGAAUUUUACAUUGAAAGUCUUAAUCAAAUAAAAAAUCGCUUUCCUUUUGAAGAUGAGCACCGACAAAGAUUGAAAAAUUUAAGGUUUUUAAACCCUGACACAUUGCUGGACUCAAAUUUAAAACGUUCUGUACCAUCUAUAGCUCAUUUAGGGCUAAUGUUUCCAG